CCAUCUUUCAUUCUCUCCCGCCAUUAUGCAAAAUUUUAGCUAUGACUAAUGUCAGUAUUGUAAAACAUUAUAUGGAAAAAAUGUUUUGAAAUAUUUUACUUAAAUAUCAUCUAAUAAUAUUUUAUGCCUGUAUUUCACUGAAUGUAUAUUGAGUAAUGCUUUUGGAAUACAAUUAUCUAAUAAAUAAAUGAAGUAUUUUGUUCAUUCCGGAAAAUAGGCCACCCUUAUUUACGAGACUAUCGAUGCUAGCUUUAUAUAAUAGUUAAACGAAAGUAAAUUUGCAAAGAUGUCAGAAGUGGAGUGGAGAAGAAAAUGGAAACCAGAUUUAAAAGCAUGUCCGUGGCAACCUAUUACCAUUGUCCAUCAACUGUACUUAUUCAAAUGCAAAUAUACACACUCAUCUUAUGAACUGCUGAUCACAGACAACGUGAACUUUUGGUUUGAGCAACUUGAGGGAGAGGAUUUGGAAGAAAGAACUGUAGCUCUUAAUCCUAGUGUAAAGGCAACACCAACGAGAAUAUUGGAUGAAAUACAAAUCUGUCUGGAGAAUCAAUCAAAUAAAACAAGGCUAUCGGUGUCGCCGAAAAAAAGUAAGCUUGUUAUAAACGUCGAUUCAGAAAUGGCUGGGAUGGCUUUUGUCUGGCAGUUUCAAUGCGAGACAGCUGAUCAUGAAAUGAUUUCCGAUAACUUCAAUGUACCAUUGUUGGGUAUGGUAGGAGAAUUAACUCGUCGAAAUAAAGAAUUGGUAAAAGUUAUUGAAGCAAAAGAUAAAGAAAUUGAUGACUACAAAUCGCAGGGGGCUAAAACAUCUCGAAAGCAUAUUGAAACUGCCGUGUUUGUGAGCACUGCCUUCGAGAACAACAUGAUUAUGUCAAAAGAAUUUGAACAGGAAGUAAAGCAGCUCGGAUCAUCGGGGUUUUCUGAAGAUAAUCAGGAUCUGUACAGACAAAUAAUGACUCGCUACGCAUAUUUAAUGAGACCGGAGGCAGCAGAUAGCACAGAAGAGUCCAUGGAGGAUAAAAAGACCACACCCUCUGUAAACUCGUGGGAAACCAACAGAUUCCCAGCAUCACUCACGGGUAGAAGUCCUGUUAAAUCAGCAAACAAUUCUCCACAGAAAAGUCCCACUAAAGGCAGCAGCUCCACUGAAUCUUCUCCAGCCAAGGACUCAGAACUACUAAGAAGACAGGCACUGGAAAGAAAACUAGAGGAUGAAGAAAGAAAGAAGAGUGAACCAAAGAAAAAGAAGAAAAAAUUGGCAUUUUAAAAAACACACUAAGUAUACACAGUGCUAUGGACAUUUUCAAAAAAGAUUUGAAGUGUUACUCAUUAAAGUGUAUGUACAAUGGAUUUAUGAAGUGACUGGGAUUCAAAUAUGUUGUAUAUACAUGUACAUAUGUUUUUAUACUUCUAGAUUUGAAAUCAUAAUAGAACAAGUAAACAUUUUGUAUCAAGUUUGAAUAUAGAAAAUAUCAUUUUAAUGGAACAGAGUAAAAUUUAGUCAUACAUUUGGAGAUUGUUCAAACAAAAUACAUCAUGUGCAUAUUUUGAUGCCAUACAGUGUUUUACAUUAGAAUAGCCUAGAUAUUCUUGAAGGGUUGUGUGAUGAGCAACAGAGUGGAUUGAACAUGUUGCACACUGAUAUAUUAUUACCAUGUAUAAACACUGAUACAGUAAUUUAAUGUGCUAUUUUAUAGGUAGUGUAGUCUUAUUUUGUAAUUUUAUGAUGCAAUUAUAAUUUAUGAGAAAAUGAUAA